UGCCACUCUUAACAAUUUCGAAUCCCUAUCAACUCUCCUCUCUAGGGUUUUAAUUUAUUCACGAAAAUGCAACAAUGAAUCAAACGCAGAGCUUCAAUCUUGUCGAUCCAUUUGAAGAACAGUCUGUUCUCUCUCUAAAUCCUCGAACACUUCGACUUUCAACCGAUGCGUUGAAAUCCAAAGACCUCGAAGCUGUUCACCAGUAUAUGAAAUCAAUGGCAUUACAAAGCCCUGAUAAGCAUUUUGAGAAAGCAAAGUCGGUUGUAGAUGGUGGUUUAGAAUUCCUCAAAACCAAGAAAAGUGAAGCUGAUAUAAAUGAGAAGGAAAACCCUCAACAACACAGACCAGGUUUGGUCCGGAGGCGUGCAAAGUUCUCUUUGAAGCCUGAUACAAGCCAGUCUUCUACAAUCCUGGAGCCAAGUCUUGAACUUGAUCAUCUGCAGGAUCCAGAAGAAUUUUUUGCAGCCUUUGAAAAGUUUGAAAACACCAAGAAAGAGCUCAAGAAACAGAGAGGAGGUGAAGAUGUAGAUGAGGUUGAAACUGCCACUACUGUUAGGCAUCGUCGUCCAGAAAUACCUAGGAGAAAAGUUAGUUAUAAGCAUCAUGAAUACUCCAGUCAGUCUCAAGAGGAUACAUCAGUUGCUCAAGAGACAUUGCAAGACAACAUUGGAAGUCAACCUACUCAGUGUUUACAACAAGAAUCUUUCACCCCCAAUCAUCAAUGUGAGGAAGAGGAAGUAACUGGAUCAAUAAGUAAAAGCGAGAACAGGGUCCAGGAGCUCUUUGAUGAAUUAUUGGCUAGUAAUAUUCACAAUUUAGAUGGAAAUCAGGCAUUAUCCUUUUUAAAAGACCGUAUGAAGAUUAAAUCUGUUGAUAUAGACGAAUUACAACUUCCAGACUUCCAUGAAAUUCCUAGAAUUGACUUUAUUUCUCCAGUCAAGAAUUUAGUAGAAAACCCUGAGAGCAUAUUGACUAAUACACAUGCUUUGCCAGAUGUUACAAAAGGGAAAACACUUGCUGCACAAAUAGGGUUAUCUAACAACCAUUUCCAAUCUCUAGGAGGCUCCCCCACGCCACCUAGGAGUCCAUUUUCAGCAAUUGCUGCAUUAGGAAAACAAAUGCUGAAAUCAAUUGUAUCAAAGGAUCCAUUCUCCUCACAUGAUCUCGAUUCACCUCCCAUAACUUCUACUAAAAUCAUUGGUGGAGGGUCAAGUCAUGCCAGCAAGGACAAGGAGUUCCCGGUUUCUGCCACAUUGCACUUGUUAGCAAAAGAGAAUAUUACAGAAACUGCCACUGAUGAUAUGGAAGACAGGGACCAUAAUAUGGAAGAAAAGGAUGCAGAUGACAAUGUAACUGAUGUUCGAACAAACAAAGACAUAAAUGGAAAUGCUGCAGAUAUGGUGCAAGAAACAUCAUCUGUUACAGAAGUUAAUUUAAAUGUUGAGGACAUUACUGAGGAGAAUGUUGAAGAUGUGACAGAGAAAGCAGGAGCAUCAUCUUUACCAGAAGUAAAUGUUGAGGUCUCUGAAGUGGAGGAUUUGAGUCAACCAGCUCAAACGGAUGCCAACUCUAUUCAGGACCUGGAUGUUAGUGCACCCACUCAAAUUCUGGAUAUUCUUCCUCAACAGCAAAAUGAGGAGGAGCAUCCAAGGACAAGAACGAAUAAGAGAAAGAAGAUAGCAGCACGGAAGAAUAAGAUUGAUCCGAAAAAGCGUCGCCAGAGCCUUGCAGGAGCGGGGUCUUCUUGGACAUCUGGAGUGAGACGAAGCAGCAGAAUUAAAAGGAGACCUUUGGAAUAUUGGAAAGGAGAAAGACUCUUAUAUGCUCGAGUCCAUAACAGCCUGCCUACAGUUAUCGGUGUGAAAUAUUUAUCUCCAACAAGUAAGGAGGAGGGUGGAUUCAAGGUGGAAUCUUUUGUCUCUGACAAAUACAAACACCUUGUUGAGUUGACCGCUCUGCAUUGACUUUGACCCACUUUCCCCAACUCUCAAUUACCCUAAAUUUGGUUGGAACAAAUGAUCAGAUUUCAAGCAACAAUUUCAAAAUCUGCCUUACUUAGUAAUCAGUAUGUGAAAAAUGAUAUGUACUCUGAAACUGUAGUUUCAUAUGGCUUGUGAAACAAAAACCCAGGUAUCCACUAGUUAAAAUAACAUGUAGCUACCCACCUGUAAGGCUG